UACAAAUGAAACAUGGAGAAUCAAACCACAAUGCAUUACUUUCUGCUUCUGGAAUUCUCAAAAAAUCAGGAUCUGCAGCUUUUGCAUUUUUUCAUAUUCUUUAUGCUAUAUCUGGCAACUGUAACAACAAAUCUUCUCAUCAUCUCUGCAAUAGCUUUCGACCAUCGCCUGCACAGCCCCAUGUACUUCUUUCUCAUGAAUUUAGCUCUGCAGGACAUUGGCAUUGUUUCAGUCAUUGUGCCCAAAUCCAUGAUAAAUUCUCUCAUGGGUAGCAGACACAUCUCUUAUUCUGGUUGUGCUGCUCAAAUCUUUUUCUUUCUCUUCCUUGGAGCUUCUGAUUUCUCUCUCCUAACAGUCAUGGCAUAUGAUCGAUAUGUUGCCAUUUGCUAUCCACUACACUAUGGGAGGGUAAUGAAUUGGAAAGCCUGCAUUGUAAUAAUUCUUCUAGUGUGGGUUACAGGUAUUCUGUAUGGAACGUUGCAUACUACUGGCACUUUUUCCAUCCUUUUUUGUUCUAAUGUGGUCAACCAAUUCUUCUGUGAUAUUCCACAGUUGCUAAAACUAUCCUGCUCUGGCAUAAAUCUAUUUGAGGUUGGAAUUCUUGUGGCUAGUUUCAUUGUUGGAUUUGGUUGUUUUACUUUUAUAAUUGUAUCUUAUGCAGUGAUCUUCAAGGCAGUGUUAAGAAUCCCUUCUGAAAAAGGAAGGCAAAAAGCUUUAUCCACUUGUAUUCCCCAUCUUCUGGUAGUGUCUAUGUUAUUAUUAAGUGGAUGCUUUGCCUAUCUAAGACGUUCCUCUAAAACUCCAUCGUAUUUAGAUUUUGGGUUGACUGUUCUGUAUGCUCUCCUUCCACCCCUGUUCAAUCCAAUCAUCUAUAGCAUGAGAAAUAAGAAUAUCAAAUGUUUCCUUUGUCAUCUAUGGAGAUUUUGA